AUGCUCGGAAACAACAGCACCUCGUUCUGGUUUGGCCUUUGCCUACUGUCCACCUUGGCCAGCACCGCUGCUGCAGGAGGUGCCGUGCUGAGGCGAGAUUGCUCGCCGACGCCUGUGACGGCGCCCGAACCAACCGGAACUGCCUGCGACAACCCUAACCAGACAACCGGGUACCCAGACUACAACGCUUUCUGCCAAUGCCCCCCCUACACCGCCGACUCCCCGGCAUUCGGAAACCCGUACCUCGGCCUAGUCAGGUGCGACACCAAGUGUACGCCCGCCGUCGCUUCCCAGACCUUGAUCCGACCGGAGAACGACAGCCUGGACUCUUGCAUGAAGGCCUGCACGGGAUCUUUCGAGAAGGCCAAGCGCGGCGAGCUGAGCGAGAGGCAGGACAGCGACUACUGGUUCUGCCACGGUGUAAACUUCGUCCAGGGAGAACUUUGCGAGUUUAUUGGAUCGCUUGGCUCUACUGAGUUUGUCGAGGGCGGAUCGGACUGCUUGUACAUCGACAGCCUCGACUCUUAA